GGUGUGGUAUAAAGGACAGGUCUCGUCCAGUCGUACCUCACUGCUGUGCUGCGCUGUUCAACAUUGCCCUCUUUUCUUCACUGACACCAGGUCAACUUCAUACCCAGUCAUCAUGACGAACCUGGAGAUGGCCAUGGCUGCACUUAUUAAAGUCUUCCAUGAAAAUGCUGGCCAAGACAAGAAGCUCAAUAAGGCGGAGUUGAAGGGACUCCUGCAGACGGAAUUCAAGGGUAUGCUAGGGAAUGCACCUCCUGGUGCAGCGGAUGAGAUCUUCAACGGCCUGGAUCAGGAUGGGAGUGGAUCAGUCAACUUCCAGGAGUUUGUCAACAUGGUGGCUUCUGUUGCUUGCGUAACCAAUGAGAUGAUUUUUCAACAGUAGAGACUACUAUGCGCCUUCACGCCAAGAGAAGACAGGAGUUUGGAUGGUGCGAUGUGUCUGCAUCAGUUUUAUUCAUGCACUGUUGUGGUUACUGAAAUUAUGGUAUACAAAAGCUUGUAAAGAAAUAAAAUUAAUUUAAACCUGA